UUGAUGAGUUGUUGAUGUGGCUGGAGGUUUGUGCUCCAUGUUCCUCGCGCCUGACGUGUGUCUGUUACAGAGAUCAGUCCAACGUGCGGCGGAUGCACACCGCUGUUAAACUCAACGAGGUGAUCGUCAACAAAUCCCAUGAUGCCCGGCUGGUGCUGCUCAACAUGCCCGGGCCGCCCAAGAACACGGAAGGAGACGAGAACUAUAUGGAGUUCCUGGAGGUGCUGACCGAGGGUCUGGAGCGCGUCCUGCUGGUGCGAGGAGGAGGAAGUGAGGUCAUCACCAUCUACUCCUGAUAGCAGCGUCGGAGAGCGUUCAAAGGGGAAGCGCGGCCGGCUCAAGAUGUUUAGUUUGUGUGUACGAUCAUCAUCGCCC